AAGUCAAAACUGGAAAUGAAGAGCUACAUUGCAAUUGUUUGUCUGUCUACGCUACUGGCAGGAUGUGUGCAGGCGGCGUCUGUGGCCACGCCCAACUGCGGUGGCACCACCUCCGCCAAGGACAUUAAGCUGGUGAAUCCAUCGAAUCCGCCGCGCACCUGUGAGUAUCACAUCAAUGCGUACAGCAAAUACGUUUGCCAGCUGCGCAUCGAUUUCGCCAUGACGCUGGCUCAGCCCACGCUGCAGCAGCAGCAGGMGUCGCAGCUGAGGAGCGCCGUGUGCACGGAGGACUAUUUCGAGGUGAACGGGCUGCGUCUGUGCGGCGUGGAGGUCUGGCAGCACAUCUAUGUGCCCUUCAAUGCCACGGCCGGUGUGAAUCGUGUCGAUCUGCUCAUCUCGCUGGCGAAUCGGGCUGGCGGCGUAUCCUUGCCGACGCCCGAGUGGAAUAUGGUGGUGACACAGCUCGAGUGUCCUGCCGGUGCCUCAGUGCGUGAGCUCCUCCCAAUGGAUGAGCAGCAGCCAGAGAUGCGUGCCAGUUCAUUUUCGGAUGGCUUCCUAGUUGCUCCACCCGGCUGCUUGCAGUACUUCCCCGAGGCGAAGGGCGUUGUGAAGUCCUUCAACUACAACGACGGCAAAGGCAUUUAUCCUUCGCACAUGAACUAUGCCAUUUGCUUCAGACGCACCACGGGUACCUCCUCGCUCAGCAUUCGCUCGUACUUCUUCCAUGUGGGCGCUGAGACCGCAGCCAGCUCCCUGAUGACCGACAGCUCCUGCUAUCGCAGCGGCAGCUCGAGCGUUGAGAACGCCGACUUUUUGAUGGUGCCACAGGCUAAGUUGGUGGAGAGUAAUCAACGCGCCACCUACUUCUGUGGUGCUACGCAAGGCGAUGUGGUCAUCAACAGCAACAACCCGGGUCCUUUGCUCGUGCUUUUCAACAGCGAUGAAAUCUACGACUCGAACGAUGCGGGCUUCGCUUUUACCUACACCGUAGCCUAAAAAGCUUUUAAUGAUGCAGAACUUUGCUAAAUAAAGUUUGGAUUAAUUUC